AUGGACGAUAUUACAAGCACUUCUGAAAAUGAGUGUGUCUCGAAUACAGCGUCACGUAUAGUUUGCGGUGUUGAUAAAUAUUCAAAUUAUGAUGGUGAAUCAGAAACAGAUUACGACAGUGAAAAUGAAACUAUAGACAUAUGUGAAAACAGUGAACAAGCUAUGAAUAGAAUUCGUGAAAAUAAAAAUCUCAAAAACGUUAUAAAUCCAUUUCUAAAUGGAGACAAAAUUCAUUAUUUUGAGCCGGGUCGUCUCAUAUUUCCCGCCAAGACUUUGGACAGUAUUAAAAAUCUAUGCAAUGACAGUAGCGGAUCUAGCAGUAAUACGAAAGAAGCAGUUAAUAGUAUAAUUAAUGGUAAAAGCAAAACAUUCCUAAUAGAUAGUAUAUUGGGCAUUAAUAAUAAAAAUAAUGAUAGUCAAGUUGUUAAUUCACAUGAUGGUGAUACUGUUGAAGAAGCUACAGACGAGCAUAAUGUAUCAUCAACAUCAACAUGCCCUGAGCUAAGUGCGCUAAGUGAUGCUGGGCUACUCGCCGGCCAUGCGUAUGCCCAUUGGCUGGCUACUCACCAACCCUCUGCGUCACUUUAUGAUGACAAGACUAACAGGCGACCCCGGCGUGCUGGGCCAGAGCGAAAGCCUCGACAAGCUUACAGCGCCAAACAACUUGAUCGGCUGGAGGCCGAAUUCAAAAUUGACAAAUAUCUCAGCGUAUCGAAGAGAAUGGAGUUAUCUAAAGCAUUGGGCUUGACUGAGGUACAGAUAAAGACUUGGUUUCAAAAUAGACGAACGAAAUGGAAGAAACAGUUGACUUCUCGAUUGAAAAUAGCUCAGCGGCAAGGAUUAUUCCCGGCGCAAAUCUUCAGUCAUUCGCCACCAACGUACUCUUUACUUAACCCUUAUGCGUAUACACCUCUCAGUUGUGUUUUCACGCCUGUGACUUUGCCGUCCUCAGCACCAUAA